AUGAAGGCCCUCAUCCUCAAGACCUUCCCCACCGUGGCCACCGGCCCCGUGGGCGACGCCAUGGCCUCGUCCUUUCGGUCGCACAUCCUCCGGCUGGAGCCAGACUGCGAGGUAGACACCUGCAGCCUCGCCGACGACGAGGCCGUCCCGGACCCCCUGUCGUACGACCUCGUCGUCUUCACUGGCGGUACAUUCGACUUGCUUUCCCCAGAGCCGCAUCCUGCGUGGGUGGCGCGCGCAAGGGGGGUAGUUCAGGCCGUGGCGGGGGAUGGCCAAGGGAAGACGAAGCUGCUCGGGAUCUGCUGGGGACACCAGGUGAUUCACUUGGCUUUGGAUGGGCAGCUGGGGGUCCUCGAAGAGGGACCGCGGAUUGGCGUGGAGCAACUGCAGCUCACUCCAGAUGGCGCCCAAUUCUUUGGGAAAGAUAGCUUGCGCCUUCACAAGUUUCACAAGCGGCAGGUCAAGUCUCCAGCAGGAGGAUUCGUCGCGCUCGCGCCUGACAACGAGAUCCUGUUCUCGGCGUCGCACAGGCUCCUGUCCUUCCAGUCGCAUCCCGAGCUGUCGUCAGAGAUCUCGCAGGGUCUCCUUGACGGCGACACAAAGGGCUUUUACAGGGAAAAGGCGAAGCCAAACCCGAACGUUGUGGUUAGGGACAUUCAUAGCGAGCAUGAUGGGGCGUAUGUGUGGGCAAAGAUACUAGACUGGGUCAGGUCAUGA